AUGCAGCAGCAGCAGCAGCAGGAACAGCAGCAGCAGCAGCAGCAGGGACAGCAGCAGCAGCAACAGCAGGAGGAAAGGAAGCAGCAGCAGCAGGAACAGCAGCAGGAGGAGCAAAAGCCGCCGCCGCAGCAGCAGCAGAAACAGCAGCAACAGGAGCAGCAGCAGCAGCAACAGCAACAGCAACAGCAACAUCAGAAGCAGCAGCAGAAGAGGAGGCGUAUGUCAGUGUCCGUACACUCAACGAGGAAAGAGGCAGAAGCUUUAAAUCCAUUUUUAAUUAUUUUAAAACUCAAACAGGAGUUCUUUCUACCUCAG